CCAUACGCCAAAAAACACCAGAAGAAGGCCGAGCUUCCAGGCGCUGUCGGCUAUUGCCUUCUUUUCUGGGGGUUCACGUGCCAAGGUAACGUCCUGCGACCCAUGUGGUGAACGAAAGCUGGACCAUUAAACCUCAAGUUCGGUUUCUUUCCCUCUCAGAAAGUGGGUCGGGUUUUUUUGCUGCCUUUAGUAAUGUACGUAACGUCACUUAACGAACAGCACGAGGAGGACGGAGCAUCGAAGUGAGUUGUGAGGUUUCUGAUGAGAAGAUGAAGAACAAAAGUAGUGGCUGGACGGACAGCCGCCUCAGGCAGCGGGUGGAGCAGUACCUGGCUUCAAAAGACAGUGAAUAUGUGGACCUGUCAGAGAUGGCGCUGAAUCUUCAGAGACUCUACAGAGUGGACUACGGUAGAAGAAACAAGACUGCCUUCAGGAUUCAGGUGGAGAAGGUAUAUGAAGCAGUCAAGGAGGCGUCAGAGCUCAGCAACAUAGAAAAGAAACACCUUGCCAAGAGAGCCAGAAGCAUCCAGAGGGAAGGUGAAUGUGGCAGCAGCUCAACAGACUCCACUGACCAGGACGACGGUUUCCGUGAAAACACUCUCAACAGCACUCUGACUUCACUGUACAAACCUGGCAUCUCCAUUCCCAGCAGCCCUUCUAGCAGAGGGGCUGGCAUUCAAAAUUCUGGGAUGCAGGUUUCCUCUGGAGGCUGGUUCAUUGACAAAGGCCCAGGUCCUACCAGCAGCAACACCCUCAUUGACCUGUGUGAAGACGAGCCAGUUGAUGGCCAUACAGAAGUGGCCUCAUCUAGGGAAAACAGGAUUCUUAAGAAGUCCAGAAAAAGAAAAAAGAGCUCAGCUGAUCCAACAGAAACUCAGCCUCAGAACAAUAAAGGUGGUGCAGCUAAGUGGAAGCCUUUAGAGCUGCAGUAUCCCUGUGUGACAUUUGAGGACGUGGGGGGGAAUGAAGAGGCCUUGACGGAGGUGUGCAAGCUUCUGAUCUACAUGCAUCACCCAGAGGUGUUCCAGCAGCUGGGUGUGGUUCCUCCCCGAGGUUUUCUGCUCCAUGGGCCCCCAGGCUGUGGAAAAACGCUGCUAGCCCAGGCUGUGGCAGGGGAGCUGCAGCUGCCUCUGUUAAAGGUGUCGGCGCCGGAGCUGGUGUCUGGAGUGUCUGGGGAGUCUGAGCAGAAGCUAAGAGAGCUGUUUGACCAGGCAGUGAGCUCAAGCCCAUGUAUCCUGUUCAUUGAUGAGAUCGAUGCCAUCACCCCUAAACGAGAGGUUGCCUCUAAAGACAUGGAGAGAAGGAUGGUAGCUCAGCUCUUGACCUGCAUGGACGAUCUGAACAGUCUACCAGUUACGGUCCAAGUGAUGAUCAUUGGAGCCACCAACAGACCGGAUUCUCUAGACCCUGCCCUCCGGCGAGCCGGGCGCUUUGACAGAGAAAUCUCCCUUGGUAUCCCUGAUGAGGCAGCCCGCCUAAGAAUCCUGGAGACGCUGUGUCGGAAGCUGACGCUGCCAGCAGACUUUGACUUCCUAAAGCUAGCUCGGCUUACGCCGGGUUAUGUGGGUGCAGAUUUGAUGGCUCUGUGCCGCGAGGCUGCCAUGAACGCCGUCAACAGGAUUCUAAUGGCAGUUGGAACUCCAGCAGAAGAUCAGGGCUCCAGUGAGAAGAAGCUGGAGAGGUCUUGCCCAGCUGUAGCCAAGAGCAAGCAGCUACAGCACCUUCUCAGUCUACUAAAGACUACAGAGAUGCUGCCACAGGAAGAUCUGGCAGUGCUGUCCAUCUUCAUGUUGGAUUUUCAGGCUGCUCUCAGCAGCGUGCAACCUUCAGCCAAGAGGGAGGGCUUUGCCACAGUACCUGAUGUCAGCUGGGAGCAUGUGGGAGCCCUGCAGGAUGUGAGGGAAGAGCUCACCAUGGCCAUCCUGGCCCCUGUGCGCUCUCCAGAGCUCUUCAGGGCUCUGGGGCUUGGUGCCCCUUCAGGAGUGCUGCUGGCUGGACCCCCAGGAUGUGGAAAGACUCUGCUGGCAAAGGCAGUGGCCAACGAGUCUGGCCUCAACUUCAUCUCUGUGAAAGGUCCAGAGCUUCUCAAUAUGUAUGUGGGGGAGAGCGAGCGUGCCGUCAGGCAGGUCUUCCAGAGAGGACGUAACUCUGCUCCAUGUGUGAUCUUCUUUGAUGAGAUUGACGCUCUAUGUCCACGGCGGUCAGGCCAUGAGUCAGGAGCCAGUAUCCGGGUUGUCAACCAGCUGCUGACAGAGAUGGACGGGCUGGAGACCCGCCGACAGGUCUUCAUUAUGGCUGCUACAAACAGACCAGAUAUUAUUGACCCUGCUGUUCUGAGGCCGGGCCGGCUCGACAAAACGCUCUAUGUGGGUCUGCCGGGUCCAGCAGAUCGCUGUGCUAUUCUGCUUGCCAUCACUAAGGGAGGAACCAGGCCUCAGCUAGGCCCAGAUGUCCAUCUUGAAGAAAUUGCAUCAGAUGAGCGCUGCAGCAGCUUCUCAGGAGCUGACCUGACUGCCUUGGUGAGGGAAGCUUCUGUAAAUGCUCUCAAGGACUAUUUGAAGUCCCAGCAAGGAGGUGAGGCUCUUCCCUCUGGCUGCACUGUUGACAUUCAAGUGAGCAGAGUUCACUUUGAAGAAGCCCUCAACAAAGUUCGUCCCUCUGUGUCCCCAAAGGAACAGCUGCGGUACGAGCAGCUCAGAGAUUCACUCCAAAGAUGACGUCCACCUGAUCCUUGAUCUUCAUUCUUCAGCAGACGGCAUCUGUGUGGUGGGGGGAUUUUGUUGUCACAUUCCUCCUCAAAACUGCAGCCUCCUAUCCCAGUGUUGAUGGUUCGUCCCAAUUACUCAGACGUGCUCGAGGUUUUAGAUAAACAGAUGCAAGCACCUUCAUCCUCUGACAAGUCAAAAAGGAUAAUGCAGAACCAGGAACCUGCAGUUUCAACACCCUAAGAUCCAACAGAGCUCAGCAGUCUCUAAACCAUGUCAGCAGUUCAGCGACAAACGGUGGGAUCUUCUCUGGUGUGUCAUCACAGCAUGUUAAUAAAUUUGUUUAAGUA